CCGCGCCGGCCGGCAUCGCCGCGGCGGGCAGCGCGGCGGAGGGUGCUGCUAGCGCCGGAGGGAGUGGCGGAGCCCCGCCGCGGGCUGCGCGAGGAUGCUGUCCUACAGCGUGUUGGACGCCAAUGUGGUGGACGUGGAGAAGCGGAGGAACCCGUCGAAGCACUACGUCUAUAUCAUCAAUGUAACAUGGUCUGAUUUGACUUCCCAGAUCAUCUACCGCAGAUACAGCAAGUUCUUCGACCUGCAGAUGCAGCUUCUGGACAAGUUCCCUAUUGAAGGAGGUCAGAAAGACCCCAAGCAAAGAAUCAUCCCUUUUCUACCAGGCAAGAUCCUGUUCCGGAGGAGCCAUGUCCGAGACGUAGCCGUGAAGAGACUGAAGCCCAUCGACGAAUACUGCAGGGCGCUGGUUCGACUUCCUCCUCACAUUUCACAGUGCGAUGAAGUCUUCAGGUUCUUUGAGGCUCGUCCAGAAGACCUUAACCCUCCAAAAGAGGACUAUGGUUCUUCAAAGAGAAAAUCAGUUUGGAUGUCCAGUUUGUCUGAGACUCCAAAAAAGAGUGUUGCUCAAGGUGCUGAUGCUAGCUCUGAACCCAUGAUCCUGGAGCAAUAUGUGGUGGUGUCCAACUAUGAGAAGCAGGAGAACUCUGAGAUCAGCCUCCAGGCUGGAGAGGUCGUGGAUGUCAUCGAGAAAAACGAAAGUGGCUGGUGGUUUGUGAGCACAGCAGAGGAGCAGGGCUGGGUCCCUGCUACGUACCUGGAAUCACAAAAUGGAACCAGAGAUGACUCUGACCUCAAUACAUCCAAACUUGGGGAAGUUUCUAAGAGACGCAAGGCUCACCUGAGACGCCUGGACCGGCGAUGGACACUGGGCGGGAUAGUCAACAGGCAGCAGAGUCGAGAAGAGAAGUAUGUCACUAUCCAGCCGUACGCCAGCCAAGGGAAGGAUGAGAUUGGCUUUGAAAAAGGGGUCACCGUGGAGGUCAUCCAGAAGAACCUGGAAGGAUGGUGGUACAUAAGGUAUCUGGGCAAAGAGGGCUGGGCCCCAGCAUCAUAUCUGAAGAAGGCUAAAGAUGAUCUUCCAUCCAGGAAAAAGAACUUAACUGGACCAGUGGAAAUCAUAGGAAACAUAAUGGAGAUCAGUAACCUGCUGAACAAGAAAUCAUCAACUGACAAGGAGACUCAAGCAGAAAACGACACUGCAGAAACCCAUAUCACCAAGAAGGAAAUCAGUUUGCCCAUCCUGUGCAAUGACUCUAAUGGCAAUGCUAUGAUGACCCCAGACAAGCAGGCUUCCAAACUGGCCCAGGGAUCCCCAGCCAUAGCAAGGAUAGCACCACAAAGAGCUCAAAUAAGUUCUCCAAAUCUAAGAACAAGGCCGCCCCCGCGAAGAGAAUCGAGUCUGGGUUUUCAGCUGCCCAAACCACCAGAGCCGCCCUCUGUGGAAGUUGAAUACUACACCAUUGCAGAGUUCCAGUCCUGCAUCUCCGAUGGCAUAAGUUUUCGUGGAGGACAAAAAGCAGAGGUUAUAGAAAAGAAUUCUGGGGGCUGGUGGUAUGUGCAGAUUGGAGAGAAGGAAGGAUGGGCCCCAGCAUCUUACAUUGACAAAAGGAAGAAGCCAAAUUUAAACAGAAGAACCAGUACUCUAACUCGCCCAAAAGUUCCUCCCCCAGCACCUCCCAGUAAGCCAAAAGACUCUGAAGAAGGAACAACUCCUGGAACAGUUUCCUCAGGAGACACCCAGGACUCUCCCCACAAGCUGAAAUAUGAAGAACCUGAGUAUGAUGUGCCUGCCUUUGGCUUUGACUCGGAGUGCGAAGUGAGUGAAAGUCACCAUGAGGACAGCACUCAUGAAAAACGACUGUUUCAGCCCCUCAAGCCCUCUUCCAUGUCAUCGCUUCAGAAAGCAAAGUUCAAAGUAGGAGAGUCUUCGGAAGAUGUUGCUCAUGAAGAGGAGACCAUCUAUGAGAACGAGGGAUUCAGGCGUUACGUGGAAGAAGCUUUGUCUAACAAGGAAUCCAGUGGAGACUCCGAUUCUCAGAAGAGUGCCUCUCUCUCUUUGAUCCGAAAGAAUUCUCCAUGUUUGAGCUCUCCCAAGUCACCACUUGUGAAGCUCAAGACAGAGAAAAAUAUCCAGUCAGAUCUUGGAAAAUGUCAUUAUUCCAGGAGCGAGGAGACAAAACCAAGGUCAGCUUCAGAUGUUGGCUUACGUAGUAUACCAAGAACAGGCAUGAAGAAAGAACCUGGGCAGAGUCCUUCCAUUAAAGCAAAGCCAAUUGUUAGGCCCAAACCCUUUCUGAACAAAGCAGACUCUCAGAGCCAAGAGAAGAUGGAUAUCAGCACUUUAAGGCGUCAGCUGAGGCCAACUGGGCAACUCAGAGGUGGACUUAAAGGUUCAAGAAGUGAAGAGUCUGAGAGCCCUCCACGCACAGCCUCUGAGAAUCAGGAUGAUCCUGUUAGGAGGGGCUCAGCUGAUCUCAUUACAGCCCCUUCCCGUGGCAUUUUCUGCUCUAGCCAUCCAGCCAAACCUGAGCAAGAGAAUUACUCCAGGUGCUUCUAUGUGACCACUGACUCAUACCAGAAGGUACAGGAUUCUGAAAUUUGCUUCCCAGCAGGAGUAGAAGUGGAAGUGCUGGAAAAGCAAGCCAGUGGGUGGUGGUACCUGAAAUACGGAGACGUGGAAGGCUGGGCUCCUUCCCACUAUCUGGCUGUCCCUGAUAGCCAGCAAGAACCCACAUCGGCUGAGACCGAUGCCUCAUUUGCCAGGAACAGGAAAAACGAAAAUAAGUCCAACAGCUUGGAGAAGAUAGAGAAGAGGGUUCAAGCUUUGAACAGCAUCAACCAGAGCAAACGUGCAACGCCACCCAUCCCAAGCAAACCUCCUGGCGGUUUCUCAAAACCCUCAGGGGCAGUCAAAAUGAGGAACGGUGUGAGGCAACUUGCCGUCCGUCCGCAGUCAGUCUUUGUGUCUCCACCACCAAAGGACAACAAUCUGUCGUGCUCCUUGCGCAGAAACGAGUCUUUAACGGCCACAGAUCACCUGAGGACCGUCCGUCGAAAUUCCUCCUUCAGCAACGCGUGGUCACAGCCCGGUGAUGUGAAGGGAAAGCAGCCUGAGCGUUCAGGCACAGAGGGCUCAGAGACCACCUCCAACCUCCCUACACAGAGGAAUGGUAUUCCUGUGUCCACAGUCAGACCAAAGCCCAUUGAGAAAUCCCAGUUCAUCCACAACAAUCUCAAGGACAUCUAUGUUUCCAUUGCAGACUAUGAAGGGGAUGAGGAGACUGCAGGGUUUCAGGAAGGUGUCUGCAUGGAGGUCCUCGAAAGGAACCCGAAUGGCUGGUGGUACUGCCAGAUCAUGAGUGGUGUGAAGCCAUUCAAAGGCUGGGUGCCCUCAAAUUACCUGGAGAAAAAGAACUAAUAUUGCAAUAUCUUUAACCUCCCUAAUUUAUACUGUUCCUGCUGUGUACAUGUGGAAAAAAAAGAACAACCAAACAACAAAAAACAAUUGCUGCACAAAAAGACGUUUCCCUGUGCUCUGGUUUGUACAGAGGGACAAAGGAGUCUAUGCUGAGGACAAAUCUGCAGUGUUCUGGAGAGGUUUGUGGGGUUGAUGUGUGCUGAGGAACUAUGAGGAAGGUGCAGCAUAGUCAAAUGCCUUUUUGUGAAGCUGUUAAUGAUGUUGUAUGUGUAACAGGGUAUAACAUCCCACCUUUCCCAUCGCUGAUAGGAAACCAAACGUGUGCCUUUUGUGGGAGAGAAGUGCACCUGCAUCUUCCUGGGGAGUUUUGUGCCAAACUCUGUUUUACAGUCGUGACUCCCUUUCUUGUCAUUCUGGUCCGUACCUGGACUACCCAGGAGUUUUGAAUGCAUUUCUGCAACUCAAUGAGAAGCAAAAUGGAAGUUUCUGAAACGCAGAGGGACUCUAAUUCUUUGGAGAAGUUCAGGGGUUUUAUACUCUUUGCAACAGUUGGCUGGUCAAGAGUUGGAGCCUUCUCAUCAUGGAGAAAUGUGGGUUCUGACUUCAGCUGUGUUUUGUUGUUACUGGUAACACCAGAAAAGGCAAUCAGGUGGUAUUGGCUGGAGGCUUUUUGUUUCCUUUCCUUCUGUUUUGUUCUUCAAGUUGGAAUUUCAGGUGUUCAAAGGCAGCGAUGCCUACUGGUGCUUGUGAAAACAAACCUACCAACCCCGUGCUUAAGCACAUUGGUUACCUUCCAGGCUCGGUGUUCAGUUCUGUGCCUGACUCCUGCCAGGUGAACCUGGUUGAUUCUCUUCCCAGGGUUGGGUUUCUCAAAAAUGUUAUAAUUAUAUCAAAAUGUACAAAAGUCCCUUAAGACACUAAGGGUGAAGCUGUCAAACGUGUCACAUACGGUUUUGCCAUCUGAUCUGAAUCCAAGUGUGCUGACUGCUGGCAGGGCCCACCAAGGCAUUGGUCAGAAACAGCAGUAACCUUCUGCAACAUCGCUGUUUACAACGUGGGGGGGAAGCCAUCAAACUCAGUCUGCACAUCCUUAAUUUGUAUAUUUUGGGGGAAUUGGUUUUCUGUGUUUUGAUUUUUGUCUUUUCUGUGCAUUCUGGGUUUACUACUAUUUCUUUCUCCUUUUUUUUUUAAUUUUCCUUGACUUGUUUUACUAAAAAAAAACAAACAAACCCACACUUAAAACUGAAGUAGGAGUCAAAUAUGUGUUUCUGUUCCCACUUGAAUCCAGAAAGUACAUUUGUCCUGGAAAAGUAUGCCUCUGGCUCAAGAGAUUUGUUAUCAAAGCAAUUAGGUCUACAGUGAGUGCAUCUAACCUGGAAGCUGCCUCUUCUAAUGCUGUUUCUGUUUGCCUUUCUGGACUCAUGAUUGGAAGUAUGACACAUGGUGGGAAGAGGUAUCCAUUGGAAAAAGCUAGGAAUAUGGAGUUACUGGUGAGGUAGCCAACUCUUGUACUGUAAACAUCAUUGGCUAAAUCUCUACUGUACACAAGGAAGUCGUGGGGUUUUUUAAUGGCCUUGUUAAUCACUCUCUAUCUAGUUCCUUUGAGUUUUAGGCAGCAUUGUAAAUCUGAUUUUAGGAGGAGGGGCCAGGCCAUUUCACUACUGGUUUACACAAAAUGGUAACACAGCCUUUUUUUCCAAUGGAGUUUCACACUGAUUUGGCUUACAAGGUAAAGGUUAUGGAGGCUUUAAAAUCCUGGGUAAAACAGCAUAACAAUGUCAUGUGUUACUGGGGAUGUUUCUCUGCCAAGAAAAGAAAAUUACACAAUUUACACAUUGUUAUUGUCUUGUCUUCUUCUUCUUCCUCUUCUUCUUCUUCUUUUUGAUUUUUUUCUUGUUUGUUUGAUGGGGGGGGGGGGGGGUCGUGGGAGGGUUUUAUUUGGGUUUGUUUGUUACGAUUUAGGGUUUUAUUGAUUUCUAUGGUAACACUGAGGGAGCUGCUUACAGCUAGCCUGACUGAUACCCUUUUGCUAGCUGAAACGACAUCCAGGGGCCACAACUAGCUACAAACAGUUCUGUGGUUCAAGCAGCUCUCUGCAUCCAAGUGGGGAGGGAGGCUGUUUGGUUGGGAUCCCUUUAAAUUGUGGUGGCAGGAGAAGGAGGUAUAUCAGCACAACUGCUUCUAUCGCAAUGUGCAGGGUCCCCUUUGUACCUUAAUGUCUUACCAUAUAACAUAUAUAUAUGCUUAGAUCCAGUUAGCUCCAUCUUGCUGGAUGUGCCUCGGAGGCGUUGUGGCCCUGUCACUCAUGCUUCUCCCCAUUUUUAGUUGUACUAAUAUGGUAGCAGCCAUAAAAGACUGCUGGAGCUGUUGUGAGAUUAUAAUAGAAGUGUUAUAUUCUUCUGCUGGACAGUAUUAAAUAGAGCAAUACAUAGAGUUAUCUGCUAGAUUGCAGUACUAAUAGUAGUGAUUUAGUGACUCGUAUCCAUGUUGUUAUGGUUUUAUUUCAACAAUAAUGAUGCGGAAGUGGUUCAUUAUUUUGAAUUAGUGCACUUUAACAAUAAACCCAAAAUGGAAGCCAAUGCAGAGAACCAAGUGCAUUAUUUAAAGGUGCAGUAUAUAAUUAUCAUUUUCUUGAAGCACAUAUUUAUUAAUAAUUAACUUAUUAUUUAAAAUAGUUUUGUUUUUAAAGACAUUCCCACUAGGUCAUCUCUUUGGGGGGAUGUAAAAAGCACAGUUCCCAGAUCUUCUGCAUUGAGCCACUGAAUUCUCCAAGUACGGUGCAGUGUGAUGUGAUCCCUUACCCAGGGAGAGGGAAUCAGCAGGCAGAUGGGAGAGCUUGAACUACUAGAAGUAUUCACACUUACAUCCAGCAAAACCGAGCCCAGAGCACCUCUGAACUGCUGGAGUCCUUGCAGGGUUUGGGGUAGCAAAGCCCUUUUUGGCAGACAGUUGUGGUGCCUGGCUGUUGUGUGCCUUGCAUGAGGCUGGUCCCUGGUAGAUGUAGGCUCGACACAAGGCUCAAGUUAGUGUGAAGGCUUCAGGAUCUGCCUGUGAAACACAGGCCAGCUCUGUAACAACAGCCAUCAGCCUGUGCCACCGCUCCCUUGCCGUCUUGUUGGCUCACUUCAAGUCUGGCUUUUGUAGGGAGGUGUUUUUUGCUGUGCAGGGGAUGAUGCAGUGUGAGGAUGUCUGCUGUACUGCUAAGGUUUUCUCAAGCAGCAGCUCAGUGUCCUAUGGCUCAGUUUCUCCUCUAGCCUGUCUCAAAGGCUUCAUGGUCCCCCAAGUAGAGGUCAAAGCCUGUAGACAGGCUCAUGGUCUAUCUCCUCCCACUGCCCUCAACUGCACCAGCAAAAAACCAGGGGGUGUAAAUGAGCUACUCGAUGCUAGAAAUGUAUGUGGGCCACAGCCUGGCACAUAGGACUUGCCACCUGUUGGGAACGCCUAAGUUUGGGCUUCACUUUAUUUGGUGGCUAGUUUAACUGCUUGUGUUUUAAAGGGCAAUUUUAAAGCAAAUAUUCCCAGUGCAGAUUUUCUGCCCCACCCCUCCCCACUUUACCAUUGUCACAGCAUCUCUCACUAAUCUCUCUUUUGAUUGUUUCAUCCGAGAGAUCAGGAAAAUAAUUGGGUUUUCCAUUAGCAAGCAGCUAGUUUUGGUCAGCUCCACUGACGCCCAAAAUAGCAAGUCCUUUCUACUGUUAGCAGAGAAACAGAGCCUUAAGCUAAAGCAGAAAAGCUGACUGCAGGGCAGCAAAGCCUGGCAGGGUGCUUCAGAGGGCAGUGUAAUGCUAGAAGUGUUUUAGCUCUUUUCUAAAAUGUUGAUGUCGCCUUAAGCUUUGUUUACUAAAUUUGUCAGAACUGACACUGGAUCAAGAGCAAUAUUUAAGUGUAACGUACACCUCAGUGAACACUCGAUGCAGAAAUCAAUAGUACUGUUUAAAUUGAAUCUUUUUCUGGUUUAUUUUUGAACCAGAUUAAGAGGAAGAGCUCUGCAGGGCUUGGGCAAAGCCAUUUGCAGCUGAAGGAGGCCCUCCUCCGGGGGGGGGAGCCGGCUGCUGGCACCGCAGUGCUCUCGCCCACUGUCCGUGCUUUACCAAAACUCUUGAAUUUGGACCAGCAGAAAAAUCCAAACUUCAGUGCCAGAGAACAAAAAAGUGAAGAAUGUGAAAAUUGUGUCUUGCUGUAUACUGCAACUUUAAUAAUAAUGAGCACUUCUGAGUUCGUUAUUGAGGUUUAUAUAAUGCCUGAAAAGUUUAAUCGCUAAGCUUCUCUUGUCUCCCCUUUCAAAACACUUCCCCAUAACGCCAAGAGUAAUUAAUUCCUUCCUGGCUUAGCAGCCCUUCCCUAUGGGAGGCAACUCCUAUUCGUUGUUUUAGCUCUUGCACCUUGCAGCAGGUGGGGGUAGUCAUCCAUUGCAAGCCAGACUUCUCAAGAGAAAAGAUGCGCUGGGUGCCUGGCAAGAGACUUCAAUGAUAUGUCCACAGGAAUUUUUACAGUAGUAGCAAACACAAAAUAAUGAAAGAAUGAAAUUGGCUCACAGACUCUUAAAAACAGAUUUUUCACCUCUGCCUGGGCAUAACUAACAAAUGGAUUUGGCUGUGGUGGAUGCACACCCCACAGCCUUUCUUGACGCUAUCAAGUUUGACGAAGGCAUUAUAUAAUUGUUUUCAUCACUUUCAGAUCUUAACGAAUCGUAUCGUAUUGUAACCUAUAUUCGUUGCUUUCCUCAGUUAGAAACAAACAAACAAACAACAACAAAAAAAAGUUACUGCUUUUAUCUUAUAUGGAAAGAAGGGAAUUUGAUAAAGCAUUCAUUAUUUUCAUAUUACUAGUAUUAACAGAAUAGAGCUAGUACUAUUUAAUGUUAGAUCUUCAUAGAUAGCUUGUUAAUAACUCAUAUUUUCCUGUGUUGUAUCCUGCUAUUUUUUUCCUGUUUUUUUUUUUCCCAAAUACUCUACAGUCUUGAGGGAAAAAAAAAAAAAAACACACAAAAAACAAAUCCAGUGAGUGGAUAAGUGCAAUAUUCAUAGAAUAAACAGGCCCCUCAUCCAGGACUUGGAGUGGAACGUGCAGUGUGAAACAUUUGCAAUUCUCUAUUCGUGCACUCAGAAGGGGAAAGGGACAUGCAGGAGAGGGGGUGGCUGGAUGAAAACAGGACCCUUAGGCAGGUAGGGACUGAUGGCUGGGGUGGUUUGGGGUGGGAAUGAGUGGGGUUUUUUGCAUUUAAAAAAAAACCAGACAGACCAACAUCACCAGUUAUGGAAAAUGUAAGGAUUGUGCAGCAUGCUGCCAGAAUGACGUGUAGAAUGUGCAUUAACAUCCUUAUCCAUGCAGGACUUCUGAGCUAUAAUUGAAACGCUCUGGUUGUCGUCCAUGCACAAUACUGUUUUCUGUAUGUCUUUGCUGCUUGUGUCCUCUGUUAUGCAUCUGAAUUGGUGAUAACCUCAGGAGGGAAAAUAAUUCUGCUGGUGCAGUCCUAACUUUUGAUACUGUAUUGUUCCUUGUAUUUAUUGCAAGAGCCAUGGGAAUAUUUUUACAGGUCCUUAUUUCUUUUCUUUCCUUAUUGCUAACCUAAUCAAAAAAAAGUCCACGUUUUAUUUGGAUUAGUUCUCACCUGCAGAAUUUCAUAGCUGUUAUUUUUACAGAUUCUUAUUUCUUUUCUUUCCCUAUUGCUAACCUAAUUAAAAAAAAAAAAAAAGUCCAUGUUUUAUCUGGAUUAGUUCUCACCUGCAGAAUUUCACAGCUGAUUUGGAUGUUCAUUUGGUAUUUCUCAGCUUGCUAAGGCUGAUGUCUCGGGUCUGAAAUAAAGUUGGAUGGGGACCUUUCAGGGGCUUUGCCACCCUCCAUGACAAAACUGCUCUUUGAAAAAGGUUUUGUCUUAAAUCUCAUUUAAAUGGAAGGAGACCUUCCAUCUGUUCAAAAUAAUGUGACUUUCCAGGUAGCAGUAAUGUCUACUACCUUUAAAAACUGGACUGUUUUGUAAGAUGCAAGAGAAAUGUGAAAGCCAGAGCUUUUGAUUCUCUGAGCUCUGGGAAGUACAUCUUCUGUGGCUCUAGUUCAUGUCUCUGAGGAAGACAUGCUAUUGACAUGCCAUUUUCCUGCUAUUCCUAAUUUUGUCAAUCAGGCCUUGAUAUUACCCAGAGACCUCUGCAUCAGACAAAAAAAACCCUGAAUUCUGCAGCUGUACUUAAAUAGUGUCAGUUAUGUGAUUUUGGAAACCCUCCAAUACUUAACAAAUUAUCUUGGUUUUGAGGAGCCAGCUUAAUUCUUUCACAAGCUCUUGCCUAAACUGACAAGAAGGCUACAAGCAUCAGCAGAGUUAAGCUGGCAGAAGACCCACAGUGGAGCAAAGUGUGCUGUGGGUGCUUGGCAUGGGCCUUUCUCCUCUGCAAAAGCAAGCAUGAUGCUCUCAGUUUCUACACCUUUAAAGGAUGCACAGGACCACUGUGUCUCGGUGCUGCCACGCCACUAUUCCCACUUCCCUGCAGGUCUUGCAGCUUUUAAAACUCAACUGGAGCUUUGCUGCUAUUUGCUGGUGACUUCCCAUCACCAGUGGCUCCUUCCCUAGCAACUUCAGAUGCUAUUUAGCCAUGUCCCAGCAUGCUGUGUAGAAGUGCAGUGUUUGAUAGCUGCCAACAGCACAAUAGGAUGGUCUGAGAACAUGGUUGUCUAAGUUAUUUUGUCUUCAUUUGCUUUAGUUGCUUGACAGAAACAGGAACCAGCAAUGUGGUGAUGCAUGAGGGAUGUGGCUGCACCCUCAAACCAUUUGAUGGCAUCUGCUAGCUCAGCCCAAUGCUUGUAUUUCUCUUUCUGUCUGUCUGUGUUGCUCCGUAGUCAUGUCUGUCGUGUGUGUCUGUGAUUCUCAAAGUACUGUAUGUAGGGAUAGAUCCAUAAGCCCCCACAGUCAGCUAAUUUGGGGUUGGGAUGUAGGUUGCCAUUGCUGCUUUUCCUUCUCCCAGCUCCUUAACUCCUCCCCGCCUCCUUAGACCCAACUUGAAGUAAAGCACAGAUGUCUGUAAAAAGUCACCCAUAACUCUAGUUUGGGGUGUCAGGUUUGUGGGGUGUGCAUGUAUUGCCAAGGGUGGAAUGAGGGGAUCUUUUUCCUAGGGUGCCCUCACAUCAGGGCUGGGGCUCUGCAGUGACUCUUGGAGUAAAAGCCAUGCCGCACCGUGUGCGGACCUGACUAACAGAGGCAGAACAAGUUAGUUUCCCCAUUUUAUUAUGUCAGGGCUGGGCUGGUCCCAUCAAUACUGUUCUUCAUUUGUUCUUGCAUCAAGGUAGUGUUAAUUCUAGUUGGAGAGUGCAAUUUUUUUUUUGUUUUGUUUUGUGUUUAUUAAAAAAAAAAAAAAAGACCAAAACCAAAUAAAUUUGGUUGAAAGCUUCACACUGGCAUUUUACAGACCUGUUCUUGUCAGCAUCAGCCACUACCGUCCUGAGUUGAGAUUCCUGUUUGUUACUCAAUUAAAGUAAUGGGAAUUACAUGGUUAAUUUGGAAAUGAAUGAGAUGUAACUCCAUUGGCAGGGGGGAAAUGGAUAAAAAAAACAAGGACAAAAGAUGUUUUAAGAAGGCUAUGAAUUACUUUGACACUGCAGGUGUUUUCUCUGCUUAAAUGGUUUUAAUACAUCACUGCUCUGUGUUAGAAUUUUUCUUUGUUAAGGGAAGUUGGGGCUUCACUCCACGAUAUACUAUGGCAAUCUAUAUCCUGAAGCCAAUGAUCCACCACAGGAAGACAAAUGUGGAUUAUGUGUUUCUUGUAGUUGAGGCAGUUUGUGUCUGGGAGGUUCAGCUGAUGAAGUAGGCGGCGGUGGCCGUUGCGAAUCUGUCUGCAUUGGCCUUCUGUGAAACAGCCCUGUGCUGGUGGCACUUCUGGGAACAUGUUUGGACCUUUUCCUGAUGCUCAGGGUUAUUUGGUUACAAUGGUACCUGUCUUUCUUGGUCCCUGCUUGGAGCACAGAGGAGAGGAAGAAUCACUUGGCACUGUAGGAGAUUUUUUUUUUUUCACUAUAACAUUUAAUGUUAAAAAGUGUUAAAAUGUAUGUGUUGGGCUUCUCCAGAUACUCCCCUUCAAAGCUAUGUAUUUGAUGUCUGAAAUUUAAGCAUGGCAGCUUUCUCUGUGCAAACAGUUCUGUGGUUUGAGAGCUUGUUCUUGAACUACUUCUGGGUCACCACAAAAUCUAACAAUUGACCUUUUGGAGGGUUAAACUGAGGGGGCAUCAAAUGUUGUUCUGACUCUAGGUCUCCCCUGCAUUUGGUUUGUUUCUGUCUCCUAGAAGCAGGACAGAAGAGAGUAGUGCAGUCACUGGAACUUAGCCUGUAACAAUUAGUGAACCAGAAUAGUAAAAAAGGAACUAAAAAUAAACCUGGUGGGGCUUUUUUUUAGACAUUAAAUAUUGCAGCGAGUGAGUGACUUAACUGUUUCCUGCCUUGCGUUUUCCUGGUGAGGCAGGGAGUUGUAGUUGUUUCCAGUCUCAAGCAAGUUUUGCCUUGUAAGUAUGCUGACUAAGCUUGCUGAAAAGGCUCGGUUGUUACUCGUGGCGACUUGGAACCAUCCAGCCUUGCAAGUCCAAGUGUGUGCAGCGUUACAAUGACUUUUUUGUGCUGACUAUUCGUGGAGGCAACAGUGUGCAGAGUAGGUGCAUUUCUGCUGUCUGGCUAAUGUCACACUGCAUCGGUGCUGGUCCUCUAUUGCAGAUUUAGUUGCAGGUAGCAGUGCUGCUUGCAGUGUUUGAGGAGAAUGAAGCGGAUGAUCCUCCUCAGUUAAGACUCAGCAAUCACAUUUUGUGCUAGGAGAAGUCCUGCCCUCCAUUUGAUUGCUGCUUAGGCUAAAGUUUGGAUGCAGAUAAGGCAAGGUGGGUGGCACUGAAAGCUACUCAGCUGGCUGGUGUACAUCUGUAGCUUUUUCUGAAGCCAUUAAUUAGCCCAAAGGAUCUCUGGAAGCGGUGGCUAGUCAGUUACUUAUUGCUGAAUAAAAGCUGAAAUGGCUGUGAGCAGUUGUUAGCAAAGCAAUUGCAGGUGUCUGGAAAGUUUUGCUGUCCCAGAUUUGUAUUCAGGAAGGGGGGAAUGGGAGGGAGAGGGGCAGGAAUCAGUCUAGGCCUGGUCAAAGUGAGGUUUUGCAGUGGCUUUCCUGGAUGGUUGAUGGUGUUGAUGAGGCUGCUAGGAGCUGUUGUCAUUUCUGUGUUGGUGUAACGCUCUGUUUUGUAGUAGUCGGGUGAUGGGAACGUACCUGGUGGGAGCUUGGGAGAGUAUGUCGGUGACCAGAGGUAGAGAAAUGUGUGGCUGGUCUUAGUGUGUGUAGUCAAGUUGGUGACUUUUGGUUGGUUGGCUUUGUUUUUUUCAGUUGUUAACGUGGGAACUUUUCUGUUUUGCUUAGGAAAAAAGUCUUGACGUUGGUGUGGUUUCUGUUGCAGUGUAUGUGAGAAGGAAUAACUGAGAGGUUUUUUUGCUGUUUUUCAAGAGAGUUUAUAGGCAGGAUUCCAUUCAGUUUGGUUUGGGUUGCAAUAAGAGAGGAAGAAAUUGGGUCUGGGGAAACCCUUUUUUUGUGGUAACAGCUUUGGACAGUAUUUUUCUUGUGGCUUGUGAGCCAGCUUCACUGAAGGUAGUGGAGUGAAUAUUGUUCAUCAUGCAGAUGUUGGAGCUUUUGGCCACGUAUUGAUUCUUUUCAGCUGAUAGAUAUUUUGACAUUUUUGGCAUCACUUCUUAGCACAGCUACAGCAAAUGUGACCUAGAGACAGAAGUAGUAAUUACAGCCUCAUGCCAAUGCAAGUGCAGGUUUUGUUUAAUGAGCUCAAGUGGGUGACCUGUUGGAUAAAACUGUUUGUACAGUGAACAGCUUCUGGUCCAGAUGUGUUUGGGUCUCUGAGAUGUUUUCCUAGAAAAGGAAAUUGUAUAUGUGAUUGGAAAUUUUGCCUUUCUCAGUCAUCCCAGUAGAAUUGAAACCCAGAAAAAUUACUAUUUUUUUGUUUAAACUCCCACUUAUCAGUACAUUUUGCUAUUGAUGGCAAAAGGUAUUGUUAAUUGAGGGGUCUGUCUGAACUGGCACAAAACAAGACCUUUUCGUGAGUGCUCCCUGAGACUACAAGCAAAUAUGAUAGAUUCGAUGUAGAUUAGAGCACCAGUUAACAAAUGUCAGUAACUUCUCUAUGAGCCAACACAAAAGAUGCAUUAUCAGUGGGGAAAACAGCUCUGCUUAUUGCCAAGUGACCCAGUGGAAACACCCCUCAAGCUUUAGCACAGAUAAGCUGAAGAUGUGAUAAUUUAGGUGAUGCAUGCAGCGGUACUGUGGGCUUGGUUCCAGUUCUGUCCCAGGGAGAAUGAAUGACACCAUCAUAGAAUAAUGUUUCCAUUUGUUGUGGGUUUGACAGUGGUGGGGUUGCACAGUUGUGCAAAGCAUCCCCCUAAACCUGACUUACAGGGCUUGCUUGGCUAUUGUGCCCACUCCAGAACGGGUCCUCAUGGUUAUAUCAUAGGCCAAAUGCAGUAAAUGCGGGGUUGGAUAUCAUCACAUCAGCCUGUGUCUGCUCAUGGCACAGGCAUGGCUGCCUUGGUCGCAGGGUUUUGCUGCUCUGAGUGGGACAGGGGCUGCAAGGGAAGUGCUGCACUCUUCUCUGUGACUCCAUGCCACGCCCAGCUGCUUGCUCGGAGAACUGCAAAGCGAUACAAAGCAAUCAAGCAGUGAGGGAAACACAAACAUUCGUUUGGAGUGUUUUAAUCAUGUCUGCGUCUGUAAAGGUGAAAAUUCUGUGCGGGUCUCUUAACAUGACAUAGGAAAUGCAAAGUAGAUCUCGGUAUUUCUCUAUAGGCAUCUGUUAGAACUGGUGUUGUCUUGGAAUUGAAUUGCAUUUAAUAAUGGUUAAUUAGGAUUUCUCAGAAAUGCCUGGAGGAGAAGACAGAUUGUGUUCUGGGGACUCAUAGAGUAUGGAGAUGCACUAAAUGUAAAACAUUGCCAGGUGCUUUAUUAACUUAAUUUUUCUCCUAGGAUCGUAGCAGAUCCUUGUGACAGUCUCUGGGCCCAUACUAGUGCUGGGGCACAACAGCUGGCUAGUGAUGCCUCUCUGCAAAAAUACAUAGCCAUGCAUCUGGGGUGUGUGUGUGUGUGUUGGAAAAGAUGAGCAUUAAAAGGGCCUGGAGUAAAAUUAAGUUUGAUGAAAAUGCUCUGCUGUGCAUGUUUCAGAUAUGUGAAAUGACUUGCAUUUAGGCAACAUCAGCUCCUUCCAGACAGCUGCCAGCACACACCCUGGCAGCACACAAGUGAUGCAGCCUCUGCCACAUUUUAGAGGGUGACAGAUGCCAGUCAAUAGGAACGUUCAGGAUGCACGUUGUCUCUGCCCUUACUAUUCUUCAGCCACGUCUGAAGUCAGAGCUCUGCAAGGCCAAUGCAGGAUUAGACCCUUGGCCAUGUCUCACAGGGCUCUGCCAAGUGGUGCUGUGCACUGCUGCAGAGUGAUGAUGCUCUCCUCUCUGUGUGUGCAGGACCUGAGGGAGGUUGUGAGGGGCUGACAGAGCUUGAGGGCUGUUUUCUCAGAGUUAAUACAAGUUCUUGCAACAGGAACCUCUGAUGUGUCCAAAGACUAAGGCAGAAAGGGCUUGCUACACAGACUGUAUCUGUCAUCUCCCAGUUAACUGAUUGCUUGGACCAAAGGUGGUGCUAAAUUCGAUCUUUGUCUCUAGUAUUUAUAUUUUGUUGGACUUUCUAAAAGUGUUUAAUAAAAACAGAUGCAGUGUCCUCUAUUACAUGAGAAAUUCAGUCCCAGCUUGGGACAUGGCAAAACUCAACCUUUAGAGUCCAGAAUCGUUGCUUGGUAACAUUGGAGCAGGCUUGCAGUGUUGUGGUGGGAGGUGGGAAAAGGGUACUCUAGCUUCAAAUGCUUGCAGACUGUAAGAAUUGACUUGUGAUUUUUGUUGUUGUUGUUGGGUUUUGUUGGUAUUUUGUUUACAUUGCCUCAUGCUCUAAAGAAAAAUAAAAUUUUUGACCUUUUUAA